UUUCCCGCAUUAUCUACUUGGAGCAUCUAACGAAAUUCACGACCUCAUACCUACCUAGUUAGUAGAAGAAUAGUAUUCGGACAAGAUGAAGUUUGGUAGAAGUCUCCCCCGGAAUCAAGUCCCUGAGUGGGCUUCUGCCUACAUUGAUUACAAAGGUCUAAAGAAGUUGAUCAAGGCCGCAGCGAAGACAGCCCAAGAUGGCAAGGAUGUUGAUAUUGCAGAGUUCCUUUUUGCUCUGGACCGCAAUCUGGAAGAUGUCGAUUCGUUUUACAAUAAAAAGUUCGCCGAAGCGCAUCGCCGCCUCAAGCUGCUGCAGGAUCGCUAUGGUCGGGGUCUAGAAGUGGUGGCCGAACUUGACGAUCAAGAAUCCGAAGAGCUGAUCAAUGCUCUGCUCGAAUUACGGAACCAGCUUAGAAAUCUGCAAUGGUUCGGUGAGAUUAACAGGAGAGGAUUUGUCAAAAUCACCAAGAAACUGGACAAGAAGGUGCCUCAAGCACCCACAAAGACUCAGGAUCAAUACAUUACCACCAUGGUUGACCCAAAGCCUUUUGCAAAAGACACAACCAUUGUGCGUCUCAUAAAUGAGAUAAACAAAUGGCUUUCUGUCCUUGGAGAUGCCCAAAACUUCGACGAUGCGAAGUCUGACAGGUCUUCGAAAUCAGUUCGGUCGCUGGGGCGAGUGACAUCCAAGGUUUUGCCCAGUGUUCCACAAGCUGUCCUCGAUGCCCUUGACACUUCAAUACGAGGAGAUGAUGUGGAUACAUUACGGACCAGUCUAUCAGAGCACAACUUCACAGCAUCCACAGAGGCGUCACAGAUCAUGUUGCUUAGCCUACUGCAACGCGCCAUUUCCUCCCGCUCGAAGGCUUGUAUUUCUUAUAUCCUCCCUCAUCUCGAGUCUCUCCGCGAACCUAACGAUUUCAACGAGCGAAACUGUAUUCAUCGUUUGGUUAUACACAUUGGGCGUACUAAAUCGACAUUGGUGGCUGGCGACCUAGAACCAAAUGCCAAGGGUCUGCCUGCGACUUCAUCAUAUAAUAGCCAUUAUGUUGUGCCAGCUCAAGCGCCGAGCGGGAAAGCCAGUCCUACGGGGGUUGAUUCAUCGACACUGUCUUUGCUAGGUAAAGACGACGAGAGCGUACAGAUCCUGUGUCACAUUCUUGACGGCCUUCAGCCAAAGCAGCGGUCUGCGCUAACUGAGAAAGACUCACAAGGCCGUAUACCUCUCCAUUACGCGGCACAGUACGGAUUUGUGGUCUUAUGCGAGAUCAUCAUGGCCAAGAUGCAGGACUGGGGCCAAUUCGAUGUGACAGAUGGUAUUGAUGCGCCGAAGUGGCAGGAUAAGGAUGGAAACGCACCUCUGCAUCUUGCAGUCAUUGGCGGUCACCCACUCACAACAAAAAGUCUUCUGAAGGGAGAAAUUUGGCAGGGCUCGGAUCACAUUCACAGAAUGCCCAUAUCACAGUCCAGUGCUGUCUUGGCUAUGGCCACUCGAUCAAAUUUUGUCGGCAUCGUUAAGAUGCUUGUAGAAGCAGGUGUGGAUAUUAAUUGGCAAGACGCGACUGGUGAAACGGCACUACAUAUUGCUGCCCGCUUUGGACAUACUGAGUGCGCUCGGGUCCUGAUUGAAGGAUCGCCAGACCAGAAGGCAGAUCUAGAAUUGACCGAAAGGUCCUUUUCUUGGAGUCCUCUUCAUAUCGCGGCCGUUGAUGGCCAUCUCCCCGUGGCUGAGCUUCUAGUCAACGCUGGAAGCGAUGUUUCGAAGCCUGACUCAUUUGGCUGGACUGCAAAAGAGCAUGCUGCGUUACGGGGUCACAUGGGCGUCGCUGAACUCCUUGCUCCUCUCACAACCUCAUCCUCGGCGUCUCCGAAAAUGAAUGCCGCCGGAGAUGGUGAAUCGACGUCCAAUGGUUCCUCGCCUCCACCGGAGAUUUCAUCACUCGAGGAUAGGAAAUCAAACGGGAGUGUCAGAAUCACCGAGCCCAUCAAAUCAUUCGGCCACCGAUACCUCAGGAGUGAGUGCCUGGUCAUGGUAAGCUUAGGCUCGAUGGACAUGCGGAAUGAUGUCGAGCCGGUUAAGCUAGAUCGCGUUCCUCUGGCCGAGGCGCACACCAAUCAAUUAGACACAGCACUUUCUGUAGUUGUUUCAGCACAGGGAGCUCACGGCGAGCCAACGACGAUUGAUCUGCCUGUACACGACAAUAUAUCAACCGAGCCAAUCUUAUUCUACACCUCGGAUGCAUCCAAGGUUAAGAUGCUCUUUGAUAUUGUCCCAACGUAUUCUGGAAAUGAAAAGAACAAGAUCGGCCGGGCCGUAGCCCUACUGUCAUCGGUCCGCCCUAAUCUCGGUACGGGUCGGAUGAACUUGCAGGGUGAUAUAUGCGUGCCCAUCAUGGGAUCUAAUCUUGAAGUCAUUGGCUCUGUCAAUUUCAACUUCCUUGUGAUUACACCCUUUAGCCAUCCUAAAAUGGAGAUCAACUCACAACAGACAUACUGGAAGAAGCUCGCGCCGACUAUGCUGAUAGGCCACCGCGGGCUCGGCAAGAACCACUUGACUAACAAGUCGCUCCAGUUAGGGGAGAACACAGUCUCGUCUUUUAUCGCUGCCGCGAACUUGGGAGCGCAAUAUGUGGAAUUUGAUGUCCAGCUGACCAAAGACCAUGUCCCCGUCAUCUAUCACGAUUUUCUGGUGAGCGAGACAGGGAUUGAUGCACCAGUACAUACACUCACCCUCGAGCAAUUCCUUCAUAUCAAUGAUGGAACCAAUGGAAGAUCUCGAAAAGCGUCGCCCGAGGGUCGGCUGUCCAAUGCUGACAGAGUUCACAAUAAAGAAGGCGGACUGAAACAACGCUCUCUCUCCGUCGAUUUCUCGAGCAAAAGCAAGGAUACAACCCUCGAUGAACGGAUGAAAUACACAUUAAAUUAUAAGCAGUCUGGGUACAAGGGCAAUACGCGUGGGAAUUUCGUGCAGGCCCCUUUCGCGACACUCGAGGAGCUCUUUAAAAAGAUACCGGAGAACGUGGGGUUUAACAUAGAGAUGAAGUACCCGAUGCUCCUCGAGAGUGAGCAGCAUUACAUGGACACGUAUGCAAUCGAGCUCAACUCAUUCUGUGACACGGUGCUUGAGAAGGUGUACGAGUUGACACAGCACCGUCACAUCAUCUUUAGCAGCUUCAACCCUGACAUCUGCCUAUGCCUCAGCUUCAAGCAGCCGAGCAUCCCCAUCCUGUUCCUCACGGACGCGGGCGUGGAGCCGGUCAGCGACAUACGCGCCAGCAGUCUUCAGGAGGCCAUCCGAUUCGCGAGCAGGUGGAACUUGCUGGGCAUCGUGAGCAAUGCGACGCCGUUCGUCACGUGCCCGCGGCUUAUCAAGGUGGUCAAACAGUCGGGUCUCGUUUGUGUCAGCUAUGGAGUGCAGAACAACGACCCGGAACAGGUGCAGGUACAAGUAAAUGAGGGCAUAGAUGCGGUUAUUGUUGAUAGCGUUCUAGCAAUUCGACAGGAGCUGACGAAAGAAAGCUAAUCUGAGACUGGGGUUGGUUGCAGUCUAUUUAUUGCAUUGCCGGAAGUUUGGCGAUCUGAGAUGUUCUGACAUAGAUGUAGCGAGGGGAAAGGCAUCGUAUUAUGGUG